GUCGAAGGAGGCACAUCAGUUUAUCCGUGCGCAGACGACUACCCGACUAUCGACACAUUGUUUUUGUAUUUGUGGAUAUUUCUAUCGCAUUCUUUCGAUAUAGAGGAGAUAUAUGUACACAGACAAGUGACCCACAAAGUGACCCAGGCACUGUCGCUUUAAAGCGAACACCUCCCCUCCCCCCAUUAUUGGAGCCCCCCCCCCCAAUUACCCAGAUAACAUGGACGGAUUCUAUGACCAGCAAGUCCCAUUUAUGGUCCCACCCAGUCACAAGUCUCAGGUGGAGGAACCAUCUCACAACAGGCCUCUAAACGACAGGAAAAGGAAAUUUGUCGACACAGAGCUUGCCCAGGACACAGAAGAACUCUUUCAAGACCUCAGUCAGCUGCAAGAGAUUUGGAUUGCGGAAGCCCAGGUGCCCGAUGACGAACAGUUUGUCCCAGAUUUCCAGUCGGAUAGCUUGAUGUUUCAUGGCCCGCCACCAGCCAAGAUCAAGCGAGAGCUGACUCCCUCCAAAGAGCUCUCUCCCUGUCGCCAGGACAGGAGUCCCAUGCCCUACGGAGAGAAGUGCCUUUACAGCCACAGUGCCUGUGACAGGAAGCCCACUCCAGGGUUCAAGCCAUUAACUCCCCCCUCAACACCUGUCUCUCCUUGCGGCCCUACCAGCACAGCAGGAACACACCCACUGAGUGAGCAGGCCCCCCCUCCUCACCCCCACGUAGCCAAUCAGACCCCAAGGCCACAUCCAGUACACGUGCAACAGCCUAUAACGGCAAACAUUGGAUCUCCGAACCAGCAAGCACUCCCAGUCCACAGCCACAGCCCACCCUUCGCUGUGCCCUGUGCACCCAUCAACCAGGAUGCCAACCACUUCACACCUGAGCACAGGUUCCAGAGGCAGAUGUCCGAGCCAUGUCUACCUUUUCCCCCAUCAGAGAGCCAAGGGCGCCCCCAGUUCUUGCCCCAGCCUGCCGGCAGCAACAACAACAGUCUGCAACGUGACAGCCGGCCACCAUACCACCGGCAGAUGUCAGAGCCAUUGGUAGCUGUGCCUCCCCAGGGUUUCAAGCAAGAGCUCAUCGACCCACGAUACACCGAGCAGGGCGUCCCCACCAUGGGGCCUCCAGGUCCACCUCCAGGCCCUCCGCGUCAGGCUUCUUUCCACCCAAUGGCCAUCAAGCAGGAGCCUCGAGAUUUCUGCUUUGACUCUGAAGUGCCUAACUGUCAGUCAUCAUUUGGAAGAGCAGGGAGCUUCUACCAAAAUAACCAUGAAAGUUUCUCCUUUGACAGAGAUCCUCAGAUGUACUUUGAUGAUACCUGCGUGGUCCCUGAAAGAUUAGAAGGAAAAGUAAAACAGGAACCCUCUGUCUAUCGAGAAGGACCUCCCUACCAGCGCCGUGGCUCCCUGCAGCUGUGGCAGUUCCUGGUCACGUUACUGGAUGAUCCAGCCAAUGGCCACUUCAUAGCCUGGACUGGUCGUGGCAUGGAGUUCAAGCUCAUUGAGCCUGAGGAGGUGGCUCGUCGCUGGGGUAUCCAGAAGAACAGACCAGCCAUGAAUUAUGACAAGCUGAGCCGCUCCCUGCGUUACUACUACGAGAAGGGCAUCAUGCAGAAGGUAAAGGUGGCUGGUGAGAGGUAUGUCUACAAGUUUGUGUGCGACCCCGAGGCUCUCUUCUCCAUGGCCUUCCCUGACAACCAGAGGCCCAACCUGAAGGUCGACCCGGACAGCCUGCCGGGGCUGGACGACGACACCGUGCCCCUCACCCACUACGACGACACUGCUCCGUACCUGCUGGAUGCCGGGGAGCAGUGUGUGGCGGGCUUGCCCUUUCCAGAUGGCUACAGCUACUAGCGAGACGCAGGGUCCUGCCGCACAACACACAUGUACACACAAACACUCCCAAAGUCUCUUGACGCCCACUCUUAAAAUCCAGAGCUGGAACUGCUGAGCUGCUUGGACAGAAAACCUGGCGCUCCGCUCCCUCGUGGUUCUUUCUCCUGCUCCCUGGAAAACCUUCAGAAAACUCUGUUAGCUCCUAAGCUAAGAAUGAAUGAGGGGAAAAACCUGCGACAGCUCGUCGACUGCACCACCAUAUGAGAGAGAGAAAGGGAGAGGGUUGUGAAGCCAGUGAGGGUGAACUGGACUCGGUAGCUCUGCCCACCUUACAAGCUUCCUAAAGUAAGGCAAGGGGCUGCUGUUGCUAUGGAGACCAAAUGAAGUGAGGCCACACACCGCCAACUUUAAAAGAAUGGACAGACCCCCCCCCCAAGACUGAAAGAGUUGUUGCAUUUCUGAAUUUGUGACAAUCUGCUUUUCUUAAAAACAAUCGAAUAGCCAACAGAGUAAGAAUUAAGCAACAAAUCUAUUGAGAUAUUCUAAAUGCAGCACUAUUCUAUAGAUGCCUUUUCGAGUCCCCCUCCCCAUUUCCAUGUCACCACAUCUGAUCUACAAGAUCCGUGAAAGGGCUUUAAUUUGCAAAGACGGAUUGACAAGAAACAAAACAACACACCAUGUUCUACACCCACGAAUCAGUUUGUUUCCUGUAGAUAGAACUCUUUUUUUCUUUAAUACGCCAGCUGUUCUACUGUUUUGUUGAAACUUUAGAGACCCAGAACUCUCAGGUGUCUGGGGCAUUGCUGUAUUUCAGGCUAGUUGGUCGGGCUGCUCUCUCGUGUAAAUGUUCCGUUCUUUCAUCGUUCUGCCUGUGUACGAGAUUGUAUCUGCUUCCCUUUAGAGACUGCACCCCAUGGUAGGAGCCCACAGUCUAUACAGUACACUCCUCUUAUGUCUGUUCAUCAUUGCUGGGUCUUUUUAUUGAGAUGGUUAGCACUCCAUCUCUGCCAUUUCAAAAGGGAUACAUGACGCAAGUACAUAUUUUCCCAGAGGGGUUGAUAAUUCCUAAAAGCCUAAGAAGUUAUUAUGUAUGGUAAAUGGUCACAUUUUGUAUUUCUGUCUGGGUGCUUGCUGUUUCCUCGGCAGUGUACUAGUUCCUCUGAUGCACCAGUAUGGCAGGAGCAUCAGGACGUUGCAUGCAAAAAAAAGAAGGGUGACAUUUUGACACCCUCUUUUGGACACCUCUCUGCCAAUCACAAGUUGUCAACAGGGAACUUCUGCUUCUCUUUGCAUGGUGUAAUCAGUCAAGACUGUGUGUCCACUAACAUAUCGCUUUACUGUCUUUGGACAAAGAAGAUAAUUGUGAUAUUCUCUGCAUUUUUUUGUGUUCAUUAUAUAUGUUUCUGAAUGGGGGCAAAGACAAACGUAUAUAAAGUAUAUAUUUUUGCUAUAAGGCCGCAUUUGUUUUGAUUUUGAUGUAUAAGCUGUAUAGUUCUGGCUCUACUAGACAUGUACCUUUUUAAAAACCAACCUUGGUCCUUAUGCUACUACUGCAGACUGUUUCUUUAAGAGGCCUCUGUAAUGGGUUGGAGAAUGGAUGAGAAGAUAUUAUUAUCUUGCCUAUAGUGUGUGUCCGUGUGGGUGUGUGUCCGUGUGGGUGUGUGUCCGUGUGGGUGUGUGUGUGUGUAUGUAAAGGCCAGAGUUCCAGCAAAGACCACAGUGAAGACACACAUUAUAUCAUGGGAUCCAGCCCAGGCAUGGGGAUUGUCUGCACUUGUAUAGGCUUCAGUCCCCUCCCCUCACAAUGUGUUUCUUACACUGCUGAGUUUAUUAUAAUCUGUACUGGGUACAAUAAACAGUCCUUUAUGCUUCAC